GGAAAAGGAGUGAUGGAGACGUAUUGGCUUCUUGGUCGUACCGGAGAAGUACGUCGUCCGUCGAUUACACCCGUAAAGUCACCAGUAAGGGAACAAGUACAGCAGAUUACCAAUGUGGAACCUAUCCCUCCGGAAGGAAUAUAUGAAGAAUAUAAAAAGAAUGCUUCAAAAAUUCAAACCGAAGACGAUUAG